AUCAAAGUGAUAAAAAGGUACAAUCCAAUAACCACAUCUUACUGUAGAAUAGAUCCCAUCGCACUGUAAGGUAUACAUUAGAGUUACAAUGGCUUCAGUUGACAACGCAAAAGCACUUGUGCAAGAACAGCUUGCUCUCCUUCGGGUGAAGCUAGAUCAGAUCCCAGCACUCCAGGAUGUCGAGGUGAGUAAAAAGUAAUUUUGCUUUCGUGGAACCCGAACAGAUUUCAUUCGGCAAUUGUGUCUAUAAUUUCAAUCCGAUAGUGCCAAGCUUUGUGGCAAAGUUAUUGAUGGUUCAUGAUAAUGAAUUGAUUGAACUAUUGUGGGGAGAUAAGAAACAUAGAAUUUUGCUUGACCCUGUGUGACUGACAAUAGUUUUUGAUAUUCUCCUUUCGAUCGACAGGACAAAGUUAAGGUUCCCAAAGAAGUCUUGGUUCUUGCGGGCAGUUUCCUCUUUGUCGUCUUGGUCUUUUUUGGUAUUGGUGCAAAUACCCUUUGCUCGUUUAUUGGAUUUAUUUACCCCGCACACCAAACUGUUAAGGCCAUCGAACAGAAAAACAAGGGAGACGAUGUUCAGUGGUCGGUCUACUGGGUUCUGUUUUCGUUCUUUUCUUUGAUCGAGACCUUCCAAGAUUUCAUUCUUUACUGGAUUCCAUUUUACUUUGCUUUCAAGCUGGCCUUCCUGUUAUGGGCCAUGUUGCCACAAACCCGUGGUGCAAAAUUCCUCUACGACAGUUUUCUGAAAGACUUUUUAAAGAAGAGUUCCGCCAACUCGAUGUCUCGAAUCGACACCGCGAUGGCAGAAGCAAAGAAGUCGGCGGACACGACUGCUUCCGAACUUGUCGACAAUGUUUCAGAUUUGGGAACCAAGAAAGACGAAUAAACGUUGUUUUGAGUACCAUAUUUCCUUUUGUGCAACGAAUUCGUCAAUCGAUCGGUGGAUCGCAUUGCAUUGCAUUUUUAUUUAAUUAUUUCCAACAGCCAUUUUCGUCGUAUUACCUACCAUGUCAGCAACCAUAUGCUUUGUUUCUUGUCAAGAUCGGGUCGCUUAUUCCAGUAGGCAUGAUAAUGUAUAAACCCACUUUCAUGGAUAGUACUCGUGUGAAGCAGUAUGUUUUAUGAUCAUUCGACCAAGCUUGGCUCAUGUUUAUUAGAUGUGUAUCGUUCUUUGCUUCAUGUAUAUGACAGGGUUUACAGAUCAUAGAUCAUAUGUUCCUCUGCUUUGACGGCACGAAGUCCAUUAUGAUAAAUGCAGGUUUCUUCCGAAGAACAGUUUGUUUUGGUUUCGAAAUGUUGGUACUGUAGGCAUCAAGCCACUCGAUGCGGAUUUUACCGGCCUUCAUAUCUUAGUGCUCCAACAACCCCCACUGGAUUCGGUAUGCAAGGAUUCUUUUUCCCUCUAACAAGACUCCUACUACAUUACACUUCAUAUAUGUUGAAGGCGAGUUGGUGGCGUGCUAAAACUUGAGUAGACCUUAACGACGAAUAGUCAAUAGCAUUUCAUUUUAAUUUUAUGUUCUGAUAACAGACUAGUUUCAAUACUGCGUGACUCGCUUGUAUUUUGUGUUUCUAAUUCAUUAGACAAUGCCUGCUCCACCAUGGGACGGAAGCACCAGUGGCGUAGCAUUCUUCACGGCCAAAUAAUAGUACCAGAAAAAGUCAAGCAUCAUGAUAAGCUGGACGGCUUGGGAAAACAAGGCCAAGUAUCCGGGUAAUUUCGAGCCGGAAGCAUCGGCGAGCUCAUGGUAGCUGUAGAUCCAGAAAAGAAAUUCCAUAACUCGACCAAACCCGAGAGCGAAUACGAAAUGCGCGGUAAGUAGUUCGACGACACCCGAGGACUGUUUUUGGAACAUAUAUAGUUGGGGGAGUAACGCCGCGGAUUCGAGGUACAUGGCGUAAGUCCAAGCGGUAUCACUGAGGAAAUCAGCAUUUAGGUUUGGAUGCACAAUAACCGCCAAUAUCAAAAUGGGAACGGCCAAGUACACCGCACCGGUUCCGGGUGGUACCAUGAACUCUCCAAAUUUAUCCAAAUCCGCUUGAUAUGUGUGCUUAAAAGGAGAUGUACAUGCAUACAAGGAAACUGUACAUAGCAACAAUGACAUUCCUUCUACAAAAUGGUAGAGCCAAUCUCCAGACUUGUCGUAUGGCAGAUAUCCCUCGUGUCGGAUGAUGGAAGUCAGACGAAAAAAGAAUACACAACAGUAGAGCUGCAAAGUCUUCUUGGAGACACCCGUAGCCCUUUGACUUUUAAAUGUUUUCAGAUUGAGAAUGCCGAACCCAAACAUUCUAGCCAUACCGCCAUAAGUCAUAAGGAAGGAAAAGUCCCCACCUGACAACAAAAAGUAGACUAGAAGGGAUGCCGUAAUGAACCCAGCCCACAUGAGGACAUACAUAUUCAAUGCCUGGACUGCAAUGCUUUUUUUGGCUCCUUUUUUGCCAUCGUCGUUGUCGCUCCCCGCCUGCUUUUCACAUGAGUGUGGAGAUUCGUGCAAGAAUUAAUUGGUAAGAAGAUGCAACGCGACAGAAGAAAAUCGAAAACCGUCACGAAGCAAAAAUUACUUAUUUUCAUAAGUCGGACGAAAGGAAGAUAGCGUUCUUGAAAACCAAAAUUCCGUCGACCUCGAAAUAACGCGCAAGUUUGUAGUAUUGUAAGAGAAAGGACGGAAUCUAUUUCAAUCACGGAUUGUUGUUGAUUCAAUUCUCUGUUUUUGAUAAGAUGACCAUGACUAGACCGACAUCAUUUCUUCACUAGAUUGCAAAUCUAGCAGUCAGCAAUUCAAUUUGUUACGUACAGAAUAGUUGUCGGGAGCGCCACCCCCAUAGGAUCCAUACUGUGAUCCAUAGUCCUGACCACCGGAUGCACCGUAGGAAGCUCCCCCGCCGUAGCUUUGACCGUAAGAUGGCGCCGCGUAUCCUCCUCCGCCUUGCUGGGAACCGUAACUGGUACCACCGGCUUGACCGCCGUAUCCCCCUGCAUUGGAGUUG